ACUUUCAAAGAAAUUCUUAUUGGGACCAGCGAUAGACUUGCGACCACUCUGUGCUUAGAGAAAUGCAUUUUAUAUCAGCUGUCAAUUGACGACAAAAUUUGACAACUGACGUUCUGGUUGCACUGAGCCAUCGUAAAAGAAAAUCUAAUCAGAAAACACAAAACUUAAGUGUCUAUCCUGUAACUGUCACAACAGUAACUAGAAGUAAAGUGAUUACAUCGGUUAGGGAAUUAAGAGACGACAACAAAAACCUGCCCACUAUGGAUACUAAUAUAAACCGUGUACUGAAUCAAACUCUGCGUCAUCCAUUACACGGAUUACUCUUCAAAUACACCAAUGUCAUGAAAGGUUGGCAGUAUCGCUGGUUUACGGUUGAUGCACAGACAGGUACACUUAGCUAUUAUUUGUGUGAUUCAUCGUCAACUGGUGAUGAGGCAACGCCAUCACCACAAGUAUUAGCUGGCGCACCGCGUGGACAAGUACAUUUGGCAGGCGCGGUAGUCUGUCCGAGCGACGAAGAUUCUCGCACAUUUUCUAUUGGAUGUGCAUCUGGCGAUACAUUGAAACUACGUGCCGCCGAUGCACGUUCACGUCAAGAAUGGGUUGAUGGCUUACGUGCAGUCGUUGAGAGUCAUACGAAGGCUAUGGAUAUAAGUAACGCUUCAACAUUGCCGCCACGUGAGUUGUUAGCCGCAUCAGACGCAAUGGUAUCAGCGCGGCAAGCGCUUUACCUAACCGAACAGUGCAAUGCCUCGCUAGCACGUACAAUUGAAAAUAUUGAUUGUACUGCGUUUUCACCAACAGAUCCAGAUUUACUGUUACUCAAAGCCCUCUCCACGGCAAGCACGCAAUGUUUGCAUCAGUGUCUGGGUCUUUUACAGCGACACGAAGAGACACAUAAUACCGGGGGAGAAUCAGCGAGUGUUUAUUAAGUGGGCAUAAACCGAAAAAUAUCCUAAUUCUCUUCCUUAAAUAUUUAUUAAGGCAUAUUCUUUGUAUUGCUUGCACAUAUUAAUGCUUGCUAUCAUUGAAAAAAUGUAUAUAGUUAUAUUUAAAGGUGUAUGCUAACACGCAAAGCUUUUCGAACUGUGUAUUCACUUUAAACAUAAAAUAUAUUAUAUUAAAAAUUAUUUUACCUGCAUAUGUAUGUAUAAUAUAAACAUCUCAA